AUGACGGAGCACUUGCUGAAAAUACUGGUUGUUGGUGAUGGAAAUGUUGGGAAAUCCUCCUUUGUGCAUCGCUACGUCAACGGACAGUUCAACAAGAUGUACAAGAUGACAGUGGGAGUUGAUUUUUCUGUGAAGCUGCUGCACUGGUCUGAUAAAGAAAAGGUCAGACUGCAACUGUGGGACAUUGCAGGCCAGGAGCGUUUCAUAUCCAUGACCAGGAUCUAUUAUAAAGGUGCAUCAGGCUGUGUCGUGAUGUUUGACGUCACCAGCUCGUCCAGCUUCCUUAGCUGUCGCCAUUGGAAACAGGACCUGGACAACAAGGCCAUGCUGCACAACGGAGACUCUGUCCCCUGCAUCCUGCUGGCCAACAAGUGCGACCUAGCUCAGCGGGUUGUGUCAGCAGACAGCAUCGACAAGUUCAGUAAGGCCAACGGCUUCGUUGCGUGGAUGGAGACGUCAGUCAAAGAGAACAAGAACAUUGAAGAAGCUAUGAGGAGGUUGGUGCAGGAGAUUUUGACAGUUCAGUCCAAUCUUGACCCACGUCAACCCGGACCCCAAGACAACGUUUCUCCUGAACUGGACUCAGAGUACAACAGCAGAAAAGGCUGCUGCUGAAACACUGGGUUACGCUGAGCAGAUCCAAGGGCACAAGUGAAACAAAGGAUCUCAUACGUGUUUUUAAAACUACGUUCUGAUUGGAAAAUUCUUGGGUGGGUGAAAG